GAAUCUCAUCCUGGUACCAGCAAUGGCGCUUCCAAAACAUUUCGCCAGGCAAGCCAUCACACGCUGGCAGCGUGUGCUUGCCCAACUGCCCGCCCUAUCAGCAGUGGCAGCGCAGCAUUGCGCCUCGAUCAGCAUCGCCCAAUGUGAUCAGGCAAACGACAGGGCGCAGACAUCUCUGCUUGGACCUCUGCUAUCCGCGCCAGUUGUUCCAGGCCACACUCAGUUUGUUCGUCAAUUCAGCGGACAGGCCACAGAGCAGCAAGCGGAGGCUCAAGCAAGCUGGCACUUUCCGGUGGCAGUGGGGAGUAAGCUCUUGGUAAAUCUGCCCCCAGAAGCCCCAGGGAUCUCUGUGGGGGUCAACUCCGACCCAGAGGCUGUGACGGUGCAAUGCAGAUCCGAUUCUCUACAGCUGGACUCACAAGAGAACACUAUACAUAUCUCGGCUGGGGAUGAACUGAAAGAUCUCAUACAAGUCUGGGUACCUGAGCGGUUCUGCACCGUCGAAGUGAAAGGCGGGCUCGGCAGCGUCUCAGUGGCGAACAUUAAUCAAGGCGACUUGCAAGUAGAGACCACUGGCGGAGCCGUUGACUUAGGCAAGAUUCGAUCCGAGCACGUAACCGUCACCACCCGGGGGGGGCCACUACAAGCAAAGCUGCUGUCGGGUUCCAUUACACUGGACACACAGGGAGGGGUCUUGUCGCUUGGCCAGCUGAUGGGCAACCAGGUGACUGUUGACAGCGGGGGCGGCGAUUGCAGAAUCAGGUCCGUAUACGCAGAGUCCUUCGACCUGAAGUCCGACGGGGGCAAGAUCCACAUCGAAGUCCUUCGACCUGAAUUCCAGGGGGGCAACAUCCACAUAGAGACGCUGGGCAGCUUCGGGCUGCUCUCCGCUGAGCCUGCAAAAACGUCCGCCGGUUUGGAACCGAACGUCCGAAUUGAGGCGGGGACUGGUGACAUAAGAGUCGACAAACUCGACGGAGCCGCGCGCCUGCGGACGUCCGGCGGAGACGUUACCAUCCAGUUGACCGAAAAGACCGAGCUGCUAGAGCUGCACAUGGAGGGGGGGGACCUCACGUUGAGCGUGCCUCCAUCGCAGAGUUUGCAGGGACCUUCAUCAACCCCGUCUUCGCAGCAAAGGGAGGUUGUAAUAGACUGCCAAUCUUCGGGCUUCAAAGAUGUCCUUGCUUCGAUCAUAGGGAGUUGGAGGUGUGGUUUCAUUCUGAACGGGUUGCCGAAGCGUAUUAUCGUAAAGAAAGGGCGUGGGUGGAUGGAUGCUUUGCAAGAGAGGCUCAGUGAGGCAAGUCGGACGCAGUAG